ACUUUUUUCAAAAAAACUGUUACGUGGUUGUGUUGCGCAUGUUUGGGGAUUUCUGGGGAACCUUCUUUUUUUUGGGGGGGGAGAAUGCCUUUUGCUGCUCACCCCAGGCAGCAGAAAGGCUUGGAUCAGCCCGGCAAGGAAGAACCCCCUCUGGACGGACACUCUUUGCUGGCUCCCAGGGCAGGGCGCCAAGGAGAGGGCACACAAAGGGUUGCCAGAUUGCUUCAUCCUGACUUCGUAGGCGCAGGACAAAGAAUGCGCCGCCGGGGCCCCUGUGUGCCAAACCAGCUGCUUUUGUUCCCUUGGGGCACAGGCGUGUGCACACACACACACACACAAAGAUCGAAAAAACAAACCCCGGACUCGCUGGCUCGGGUAGUGAAGAAAGGAAGCCAAAGUGAACUCUAGCCCAGCCGCUGAAGCCCCGGUCUGGGCCUCUGGCAGGAAGCGGAAGAGUUAAACCGCCGGCAAAACAACAACACCCAUCCCCUCGAGGAAAGCCCCCACCCCUGGACCCAGCCCUCGGCACCCACCCCAGCAACCUUCCGACAAAUGACUUAUUUGCUGAGUAACCAAGCACCGUUGACGGCACGGGUGGAAUAACCAGCAGGGAGAUCUGGAGAAGGCGCUCCGUGCUCAAACAAUUUCCGAUGAGGAUCCCCCGGGCUCAAGGCAGAAGCCAUGGGUCUGUGGAUGCUGGGGUUUGCCAUCCUUGGCCUCCUUGUGGCGUGGGGGCUCAGGAAAUGCCCUUGGAUUGCCAGCAGGCCCCCCGGUGACAGGCGAGGGACCCCCGAGGAGGGUGCCGGUGGCUCUGGCACAGGGUCAAGGGGCCCCACCGUGGGCAGCUGCCAGCUGGUCGGCAAGCCCUCGGCUCUGGCCCAGGUGUUGCUCAAGAACUUCUGCCAGCUGGCCUGUCUGGAAGCCGGCGGUUGGUCCUGGAAAGCUUGGCCGAAUUUACAGACUGUGGUGCAGUUCCUGUGGCCACCGGAUCGGCCGCUGGAAUUUGCCCGAGAUCACCUCCAGCUCUCUGACAAAGGCCUCGUCGCUCUGGAUUGGGUGGUUGGGCCUCUUUCCGGCAAGGCCAAGGCGGCAGCUCCCGGGCUGGACGCGGCGGUGCUGGUGGUGGUCCCCAACGCCACCGGCAAGAUCACCAGGAACCUCCACCAGCUCUGCCAGCUGGCCCUCCGGGAAGGCUGCUACCCCGUGAUCUUCAAUCGGCGCGGGCACAACGGAUGCCCGCUCACCACCUCAAAGCUGCAGCCUUUCGGCGACCCGGCAGACUUGAAGGAGGCCGUGGCGUACCUCCGCUUCCGUCACCCGGCCGCCAUGCUUUUCGCCGUCAGCGAGGGCUCCGGAUCGGGCCUCCUGCUCUCCUACCUGGGCGAAUGUGGCUCCUCCAGCUACUUGAGAGGGGCGGCCUGCCUCUCCCCUUUGCUGAAGGCCCAGGAGUGGUUCGAGAGGGAAACCUCUUGGUGGUACCGCUGGAGCUGCCUCCUCUCCCAGAAAAGAGGGAUCAGCAGGUACGUCAAUGUUCUGAAAGAGGUCACAGAGGUCGACCAGGCCCUCCGUAGCCGUUCGCUCCGGGCCUUCGAGGAAGCCCUGUUCUGUCACGGAAAGGGCCGGAACAUGACUUGGGAAGCCUACUGGGACCGCAACGACCCCCUGAGAGACGUGGACGAGGUGGCCGUGCCGGUCCUGUGCCUCUGCAGCGCGGACGACCCGAUCCGGGGGCCUCCCGAGGACACCAUCCCCUGGGAGCUCUUCCAGAGCAAUCCGUAUUUCUUCUUGCUGCUGAGUCCGCACGGGGGCCACUGCGGGUUUUUCGGGGAGGACGCCGGGACCUCCUGGGGCCACUCGGCCACCCUGGAGUACUUUCGCACCGUGGCGGAGUUUUUCCACACCGAAGAGAGGGUGCACCGGAGGAGUUUGUGUUUGCACCAUCGGCGGCCACACCCGGAGGCCUCACCCCCGGCUCGCCUCCCUCUCCGGGAGACCUUCAGCUGGCAAAGAUCCUACACUCGCUAAGACGCUUCUUGGUGCCCAAGCGAGCCGGGAAUCCUGAAAACAGCAGGGCGGGACAAAGAUGGGGAGAAAUUCUUCUCUGUUAGAAGUGGUUAGAUAGGAGUGCUUAUUUUAGCCGGCUUUUCUGACCCUCGAAUGAACGCAAGGUCAUCGAGCCAAGCCAAUGAGAGGCGUACAAAAGAAAAAGCGGAGUUUUCACACGGCGUAGAGCAAACCAUUAUCUCUGAAAGAUGUCAGAAUUAAUCCUUCCGAUAGCUGUUAAAGAGGGGGUUGUGAGCAUUUCCGGAGGAACCAUUAGUCGCCAUGGUGAGAUGUUGCCUCUCCUGCAAUACCUCUACGCUGCCAGGCCUAGCCGUUUCAGUUUGCUGGGGGCCAUGCGGAUCUGGUCCUACUCUCUGGGCAGGCUUCCCAGCAGGGCUUCGGAUCAGUCUCUGAGGACAUCCGUCUCCUGUGGCCUUUGCUUCGACACAGAAGGGCAUGUUCGAUGCCUCCAGAACCAUAUUUUAUUUUGAAAAGCCAUAUUCUUGCAUUCAGCACAUCAGAGCUUUGUUGACUAGAGUACCUAGGUCUGGAGAGGCAGUUGGGUCUCUCGUCAACGCCAUGCUUCUUUUCCAGCGCAGAGAUAUUUUGCCAAUCUGCCAAGUGCAGGAGAGGUUGGGAAGCAGGCUGUUUGCCGUAAGGUACCCAGAUUUGUGACAGGAACACACGGCCCCUCACUUUUAACCACUGCCCAUUUUGACAGCCUCGGAUUGAUGCUCGCUGGGGUGCUGGAGGCAUCAGGCUCCUUACCCUGGGGAGGCCCCGCGCUGCUCUGCAAAGAUGCUGGAUUUGAUGCCGAUGGAGGAACUUUCUGUUUAGGUGGUGCCUGCGUUUGCAAAUCUGUAGUUUUGGAAAAGGUAGCCGUGCCAGUCUGUGCAAGCGUAUCAGGCAAAAUCCAAACAAGACAAAAACAUGGGGUACCUUAAAGGCUAUUAUA